AUGUGGUCAAUUAUUCGAGAAUUUAUGAUUUAUGCUAUAUUUUUAAUCUUACUUUGUAUAAUCAGUUUUUCAAAUCUUACACAGAAUAGUUUUUAUCAAACUGAUCAUUUACAAAAAUAUUUUCUAAAUACAAGACAACCAGAUUGUGAUUAUACACAAAUUUUAACAAUUGAUGAUUAUUGGAAUUGGUUAAAUAAUAGUUUUAUUUCAAAUAUUCGUGCUCAACAAUGGUAUAAUGAUGAUCAACCAGUAAAUUUAAAUGGAUAUAUAAAUGAUAAAACAAAUCGAAUGAUUGGGUGGGCAACAAUGAGACAACUACGUAGUAAAUCACAAUUAUGUUCUGAUCAACGUAUAAUAUCAACAUGUAUUGAAGAUUAUAGUUUAUUUAAUGAAGAAAAAGAUUCAUUUCAACCAGGAUGGACAUUGAAUCGAACAUCAAUAGAAGCAGAAAGAGAUUAUAGUUCAUCAAUUUUAAAAGCAUUUCAAUAUCAAUCAAGUAAAGAAUUAGAUACGUAUGCUUAUGUAGGUGAUUAUGGAACGUAUAGUGGAGAUGGUUAUGUAUAUGAAUUUCGUGGUCGUUUAUCUGAUAUUAAAAGUAAUUUAUCUUUACUUCAUCAAUUACAAUGGAUUGAUGCUAACACAAGAGCUGUUAUUAUUCAAUUAACUUUAUACAAUCCAAAUGUUGCAUUAUAUACUUCUGUAACUUUUCUUCUGGAAUUUUUAUCUGCAAGUGGAGUUUAUCCAUCAGCUCGUUUUGAACCACUUAAUUUCUACGUAUUUACAUCAUUAACACAAUUGAUUUGUACAAUUAUUUAUAUAUGUUUUAUUAUUUAUUUUCUUAUUAUUGAAAUAAAAUUAUUAAUUAAAUUAAAAUUAAAAUAUUUUUAUGAAUUUUGGUCAAUAAUUCAAAUUGGUAUAAUAAGUUGUUCAAUUACAAGUAUUAUUAUUUAUAUUUGGCGUUUUAAAGAAUAUAGUCGUUUAAGUUCACUUUUUCAACAAACAAAUGGAUAUGUUUAUAUUAAUUUACAAAUGACAGUUUAUGUUGAUGAUGUUUUAACAUCUCUUCUUGGUUUUUGUUGUUUUUUUGGAACAAUUAAAUUUAUUAAAUUUAUUCGUUUCAAUAAAUCAUUAAUAAUAUUUGUUCAAACACUUAAAUAUGUUACAAAAGAUAUUAUUUCAUUUUCAUUUAUGUUUUCAAUUGUAUUUAUGGCUUUUCUUUCAUUAUUUUAUUUAUUAUUUACUUCAAGUAUUGAAUCAUGUUCAAGUUUAUUAUCAACAGCUCAAAUGUUAUUUGAAAUAACAUUGAUGAGUUUUGAUGCAACUGAUUUUACUGGAGCUGAUCCAUUUCUUGGUCCAUUUUGUUUUUCAAUUUUUAUUAUUAUUGUUGUUUUUAUAUGUUUAAGUAUGUUUAUUUCAAUACUUAAUGAUGGUUUUCAUCAUGUUGAAGAAACUCCGAUUGAAGGUCAACAAAUUUUAUUCUAUAUGUUAAAGAAAUUUUUAAAUUGGACACAUUUGCGAAGACCAAAUGUUGAAGAAAUUUAUGAAAUACAAGACUCUCGAAUGCGUUCUCAAUAUGUUGAUCCAAUUGAAAAUUUUCCUGAUAAAAUCGAUCAAUUAUUAGAAGCAAUCGAUCGAAUUUAUGUCGAUCAAAAAAAAGAAUUAUUAAAAUUAAAAAGAGCUGGUGUUUAA